UUGAGAUGCAAACACUGAAGAACUUUACCGCAGAACAAUAAUGUCUUCAAUGGAGAGCUUUAGAGAGUUCGCCAACGAGCGGCUGACUGCUGCAGCUGAGGAAAUAUGUGACGAUGCUACAAGAGCUGCCGUCGAGGACGAGGCAGAGAUCAACGGUCAGCGCAGAAAGCUGGAUAUCGUUUGGAUACCUCGCAUCGUCUUACACAAAAUAGAUGUCCCACAACAACAUGUGUGUAAGGAGGAGGAGGAUGAGCAACAGCUCUGUCACCAGGAGGGGAAGUUCAGUCUGGACCAGGAGAAGCCAGAGCCUCCACAGAUUAAAGAGGAGCAGGAGGGAGAGCAGAUCAAACAGGAGGAGAGUGACACGUUGAUGGUGACUCCUACUCAGCAGGAAAGUGAGCACAGAGAGGCAGAUGGACAACAUGAACUCCAGCUCCUUUCUCACAACUCUCAUGUUGCUGAGAAUCAAGAUCCCAAAGAGAACAAGCAGAAAGACUCAGGGGUAACUGGAAAAUCAAAACCAAGACAAGAGAGAGACAGAAAUUACACAGAUGAGAGGCUGUAUUCCUGUGAAGUAUGUGGAAGAGGGUUUAAAUACAACUACUUAUUGAAAACACAUAUGAGAACACACACAGGUGAGAAGCCUUACUCCUGCAAUGACUGUGGAAAAAGAUUCAGGCAACAAUCAGCUUUGACUUAUCACAUUCGUACUCACACAGGUGAGAAGCCUUACUCCUGCACCACCUGUGGAAAAAGAUUCAGUUCUCAAACACAAUUGAAUAAUCACAUUCAUUCUCACACAGGUACAAAGCCGUACAUCUGUGAUACUUGUGAGAAAUCAUUCAUUAGUAAAUCUGGUUUGAAAAAUCACUUAACUAUCCAUACAGGAGAAAAACCACAUUCGUGCACAAUGUGCAACAAAUCUUUUAGACAAAAAACUUGUUUGACAUCCCACAUGAGAACACACACAGGUGAGAAGCCAUACUCCUGCAGCACCUGUGGAAAAAGAUUCAGCUUUCAAACACAAUUGAAUAAUCACAUUUAUUCUCACACAGGUACAAAGCCGUACACCUGUGAUACCUGUGAGAAAUCGUUCACAAAUAAAUUUGCUUUGAAAAUACACGUAACUAUCCAUACAGGAGAAAAACCACAUAUCUGCACACUGUGCAACAAAUCUUUUGGACACAAAUAUUCUUUGACAGACCACAUGAAAACACACACAGGUGAGAAGCUUCACUCCUGCAACGACUGUGGAAAAGGAUUCAGUUGUAAAUCAGCUUUGACUGUUCACAUUCGUACUCACACAGGUGAGAAGCCUUACACCUGUGAUACCUGUGAGAAAUCAUUCACAAACAAAUAUUAUUUUAAUCAGCACCUUCACACUCACACAGGUGAGAAGCCUUACACCUGUGAUACCUGUGAGAUAUCAUUCACAAAUAAAUAUUAUUUUAAACAGCACCUUUACACUCACACAGGUACAAAGCCAUACACCUGUGAUACCUGUGGGAAGUCAUUCAUACAGAAAAUUAUUUUGGAUCGUCACUUAAAACUCCAUACAGGUGAAAAACCACAUGCCUGCACAAUGUGCAACAGAUCUUAUAGAUGUAAAAGUGAUUUGACAAUUCACAUGAGAAUACACACAGGUGAGAAGCCUUUCUCCUGCAACACCUGUGGAAAAAGAUUCAGUCGACAUUCAAGUUUGAAUUAUCACAUCCGGACUCACACAUGUACAAGGCCUUUCACCUGUGAUACCUGUGGGGCAUCAUUCACCCAGAAAAUUAGUUUGAACCAACAUUUAGCUAUCCAUACAGGUGAAAAACCACAUAGCUGCACAAUUUGCAACAAAUCUUUUUUAUUGAAACAACAGUUGACAAGCCACAUGAGAACACACACAGAUGAGAAGCCUUACUCCUGCGGCACCUGUGGAAAAAGAUUCAGUCGACACUCAGGUUUGAUUCAGCACAUUAAGACUCACACAGGUACAAAGCCUUACACCUGUGAUACCUGUGGGGCAUCAUUUACAAGUAAAAGGACUUUGGACCUUCACUUAAAAAUCCAUACAGGUGAAAAACCACAUACCUGCACAAUUUGCAACAAAUCUUUUAGACUUAAAGAAAAAUUGACACUCCACAUGAGAACACACACAGGUGAGAAGCCUUACUCCUGCAGCACCUGUGGAAAAAGAUUCGGUCAACAAUCAAGUUUGAAUUAUCACAUUCCUAUUCACACAGGUAUUAAACCGUACACCUGUGGUACCUGUGGGACAUCAUUUACCAGGAAGUGUUUUCUGGACAAGCACCGAAAGGUCCAUGCAGAAAAUAAUGCGUAAACUUCCUAAACAUGUGGAGGGUCUCUCAGAAUUGGUGCUGACUUGAUGAUUGAUGAGAGAAGAACUGACGCUGCUGAGAAGAUGUACCUUUGAUAUCUGAGAUCCGCUAGAAAAGAGACUUUGGGUCAGAGAACAGUGAUAAUUAGGGAAUCUGACUGCACUUUCCCAGGUGGGUGUUACGGACGUGACAUGUUAUUUGUGUAAAAACUACGAUCUAACGUUGAUGGACUACAAAAUUGGCAUCUACUCUCUGUGUAUUCUCCAUGUUGUUACGUGCAGCGAAACCUCAAGGUGAUAAAUAUGAGGUCAUAAAGAUUUUUAUAUCCUAAAGUCUCUUCAGGAUGAGGAACUGUGACUGUGAACAUCUAGAACAGCAGAAACUUUUCUCUUAAUCUGAACUCUCCUCAUAGUACGACUAGAUGAAUUAUAUUCAAGUCAUUUUAUUUCACAACAAUAUUAAAUUCUUCUUUUUAUUCCAACCUAUCCAUUUUCCUUAAUUUCCUCGUCUCUGUUAAUUUUACCAUUCUUCUCUGGUUCUAUCUUUCCUUCAGCUCGUUAGGUGGAAAGAUCUACAAACUUUGUCUUGCAUAAUUAUGAUAUAAUAAUCAAAAAAUGGCAACAUGCCGACCAUAUGACUUUAAUUGGUUGUCAUUUACAAACAUUUAUCACAUUUACUAAGAUAUUUAGAAAAUGGCAAAACAAAUGAAAUUUGAAAUACUGGCUGAUAAUUUACGGUUUGGAUAAAAAUUGACAUGAUCUGGGAUGUAGUGUACUUUUGCAUUCCUGAAGAUUGAAACGUUUUUGUGUCUUGCUACACUGUGCACCUUGUAGCGGACUCAAGGCCUGAAUCUGCUAGAAACCCUUCCCUGUGGUUAAUGUCUGCAGCUUUGAGAAUUCCUGCAGGAUUCCUAAAAGGGGAGGAGGACUUUUCCUCCCCGAUUUUACCAACUACCCAUACUUGUUUAUGAACCUUUCCCACCUAAAAAGCUUCUCAGACAGGAAAAACCUGGACCUAACGCUUAGGAUAAAUGGCAGUUCUCAGGAGAGAUCACAUUGAAGAUAUCUGAUUGGAUGGCUGGAGUAAGAGCCAUCUCACUGACUAUCUGUGUCUUGCCAAAGCUGUAAAAACUUUAGACCUUUUGAACUCUGUAUCAUAAAUCAGAGAAACCCUGGACAAUAGCUUCCUAUCUGGACAAACAACAAAACCUGAUGGUGAUCGUAAAUACUUCUUGUUCUUUCUGUUUGGGCUGGGUGUCCCAUAACUACUGUAAACAUCAUGUUUUUUAGCAGAAAAUGUUCAUAUUUAUCUGAGAUUGCACACAUGAAACACAACAAUAUAUUCCAUAUUUCUGUAUCAUUUAAGAUGGCUGAGAAAUUCAUUUUUGAUUUGAAUCCAGAUGUCUUCCAUGAACCAACAGUGCCAUCUAUUGUCCAGUAUCAGUCACCCACACAUCUCCACGUGACAAAUCCCCUUUGUGUCUUUUCCAAAAUAAAAUGGCAAUGUUUCAGUAUGGCAAUAUGUGGACACGGCCUUAGUUUAAAUGUUUAGGUGUCCAGCUAUGUUCAUGUCCAUUUUUAACUUUGUGGCAGUUUAAUUGAUGUCAUAUUAUUCUAGAGUUUUAUAACCAUUUAUGUUAUUCCUACAUGCUCUUGUUGAAUUACUGUUUGAUGAAGAGUGGUUCACAAGGGUACAUUUGAUCUCCAAGAGGAGGGAAAAAUCAGAUGGACUUGGCCUUCCUUUUUGUUGCUUUAAGACCUUGGGUAUCAGAACCCAAGUGAGCAGUCUCCAGUAGAGUUAGUUUAGUUUUCUUCGAGUUUCUUUGUUCUUCCUAUCUCUUUUUCUUUAAGUUUUCUAAGUAACUUUUUAGACUUCUCCAUGAAACACAUUUCCUUUCUUUGUUUCUUACAAGUCUGAGCCUGGUUCAGUAAUUUAAUUGAACCUUGAAAUUUAUUUUGAUCCAGCACAAUUAAUUGGGCAAAUUAAGAACUGUUUUUUUUUUUUAAUUGAAAUGAAGAAAAGGUCCGAUCCAGCUGGUACCAACGGUAGCUCCGGGCUCUCCGCACCUCGUCCUUCUACGGCAAACCGUAGGAUUCUGAUCCAACUCAUCAGGGUUAACGUGCCUCCAUCAGUUCCAUUAAAACAAUUGAUUCAGAUCUAUUUUUCAAAAUUUACAUCCCAAUUCUACGUUGUUAAUUAUCUUGUCCUUUUUUUUUUUUAAAUCAUCCACUCUCCAUCAAACUAGAGUAGCAUCAUUCCUUUAUUAUCACAUGUAUUCAUUUCCUGUUUAUUUACUUACAUUAUAUUCAU